CCACAACUGGACACACACGUCUGAAAUCCUCCUCCUGAAAAAAUAUAUUUUAAAAUGACAUUACUUCAGGCUAUUUUUGUCGCCACGAUUGCCACCACCAUUCUGGGCGCAGAAGGGCAAUGGGUUCCCCUCCCGAACGUAACAUAUGGCCCGGAAUCCCGUCAAGUGGUCGACAUCUAUUUGCCCUCCUGGGACCUUGAACCCAUCACCAAGGUCAUCAUUCUAAUCCACGGUGGGGCUUGGGGUGCCGGAGAGAAGGAAGGCAUGGACGGCUGGCUUCAAUUUCUCGCCACCGGUUUUCCAACACACAUCAUCGCAAAUAUGGGCUACCGUUUGGGGACAGCGGAAAGUCCCGGGUUUCCCAAGCAGUUAGAAGACAUCUCCCUCGUGGUGACCAUGCUGCAGAAUGUUCUCCCCCAGAACGUCACAUUUGCCCUGAUCGGAGGUAGCGCUGGUGCCCAGUUGGCCAUGCUUUACUCGUACGCGUACGACCGCGAGGCCCAACAGGUCAAAGUGGUCGUGAGUCAUGUCGGUCCGACGGAUUUUACGCAUUCGUCCUACACCGCGAAUCCGCUUUUCCUCGAUUAUUUCGUCAACCUGGUGGGACCCUGCAGGUACACGGAGUGCCCCGAGUUGUACAAUGUGACCAGUCCGGCCACCUGGGUUUCGGAGAAAUCCGCUAAAACAAUCGGGUUUUACGGGAACAGAGACUUGCUCAUUCCAAACGCACAAAUGCCCAUCAUCCGAGAUAAGUUGACCGAGGCGGGCGUCACGAAUAAGUUCACGGUGUACAACGCUGGGCACGGAAAUUGGAUCGGGGCUGAUUUGCUGGACGAAAUGGAUCAAAUUGUCGAGUUCUUGAGGGAUAAUUGGGACUGAGGGUGAUUUGUUUAAGGUAGAGUUUCAAGUUUACAAAAAUUGUAUAACUUACCUAAUUACGUUGAAUUAUUGAAGACAUAAACAAAUUGGAUAUUCAUGAAUAAAUACUUAAAUAUUUGAAUCGCAUUUUGCAUGGUAA